AUGUCUUUACGCGUCAGUCAAUUCUUAUUAUCUGCCAAUCCAAAUUUUGCCGAACUUUAUGAGGAGCUAACCACGCAAUACUUGGCUCCUGAUGGAACCACAAAAGAAUUAUCACGCGAAUUGAAUCAAGAGACAUACUUGGAAGACAAGGCCUUUUACUUUGAAACCUUGGUUUUAUAUAAUGCAGUUCAACAGUUAUCUUUGCAAAAAGAAUUAAGCAAAGACAAAACGGUUGACACUCAGAGAAAAGUUUUAGAAGCAAUAAAAAACGUUUUAUCCUUCGCAGAAACAAAGCAAUAUAUUGGAUUUCGUGCUAAAGAUCCCUCGUUGAAAAAUAACAAGCACACGUUAUUCGGAUUAACAGAAGAAAAUUUAAAACAACCUGUUGAAAAUGAAUUACAGGAAUUGAAAAUAUCCAAAGAAUAUAUCUUGACUUCAAUUGAAAAUAAAUUAAAAGAGCAAUGUGAAGAUAUUACAAAAUUCUAUUAUGCUGGAGAAGAAUUAAAUCCCAAACUGAUAUUCACUAAGGCGGUUCAUUUGAAUAAAAAAGUAAACCAAUGUGUUAAUGAUUUGUGGCACUCCAAAAUCGAUAUAAUCGCAAAUAAAAGCCAGCUGGGUGAGCAAAUAGUCAAUUACAUGAAUGUAAUGAAAGAAAUUUUAUCCAAUUUAUGGAAUAUUCUUGAGGAAUUUAAACUGCACCAUGAGUUUGAAAAGAACAGGGUUUUCGGGGACUAUUUUUCAAGCAUUAUAAAAUCUAUCGUUUUAAAGUUCAGGGUUCUUCGGUUCAACGCAUUAUUGUCGAUUUAUAACAAAGAUACUGUAGAGAGACUUAAGAUAAUCAGGGAUGACCUAUUGAAAGAAGAAACAAAAAUGCGUCAGGAAUUAAAUGCAUUAGAAUCAGAACUUUCGAAAUAUCAAAUAUGCGAUGAGCUUGAUUCAAUUGUACAGAUCUACACCAAG